UUCAAAUGUGUUUGCGGAGAGGGGCUGGGGUUCCAUCUUUUGUUCUCAACGCGGCUUUGCGGCGGAGGGUCCUACCUUGCCGGCGCACGGAGGGACGGCGGCGGCCGGUGUGUGGGCUCUUCAGCCGCGCCGCGCGGGCCGAAAUGGAGGCUGAGGAUUUAAGUGGCAGAGAGUUGACAAUUGAUUCCAUAAUGAACAAAGUGAGAGAUAUUAAAAAUAAAUUUAAAAACGAAGACCUUACUGAUGAGCUAAGCUUGAAUAAAGUCUCUGCUGAUACUACCGAUAACUCGGGAACUGUUAACCAAAUUAUGAUGAUGGCAAACAACCCAGAGGACUGGUUGAAUUUGUUGCUCAAACUAGAGAAAAACAGUGUCCCUUUAAAUGAUGCCCUUUUAAAUAAAUUGAUUGGUCGUUACAAUCAAGCAAUUGAAGCACUUCCUCCAGAUAAAUAUGGCCAAAAUGAGAGUUUUGCUAGAAUUCAAGUGAGAUUUGCUGAAUUAAAAGCUAUUCAAGAGCCCGAUGACGCACGCGACUACUUUCAGAUGGCCAGAGCAAACUGCAAGAAAUUUGCUUUCGUGCAUAUAUCUUUUGCACAGUUUGAACUAUCACAAGGUAAUUUCAAAAAAAGCAAGCAACUUCUUCAUAAAGCUGUGGAAUGCGGAGCAGUACCAGUAGAAAUGCUGGAAAUUGCCAUUCGGAAUUUAAACCUUCAAAAAAAGCAGCUGCUUUCAGAGGAAGAAAAGAAGAGUUUAUCAGCAUCUACAGUAUCAAAUGUGCAAGAACCAUUCCCCAGUACACUUGGACAUUUACCAAAUAGGAACAUCAGUUGUGAUUCCAGAGCACAGACUAAAGCCAGGUUUUUGUAUGGAGAGAACAUACCCCCUCAAGAUGCAGAGAUAGGCCAUCGAAAUCCAUUGAAACAAACAAACAAAGCUAAGCGAUCAUGCCCAUUCGGAAGAGUCCCAGUUAACCUUCUAAGUAGCCCGGAUUACCAUGAGAAGACAGAUGCUUCAGUUGCACCCCCUUUUACUAAAAGACAGAUCUCUGGAUCAGAAUGCCGAGAUACAGUCGUUUCUGGAUGUAAAUCAAGUGGAAAUGAUUCCAGUGACUUGAGACAUUUAACGUCUGUUAAAAAUAUUCGUUCCAAGGAACCUCUGAUGUCAGAUGAGAAGAGUUCUGAACUUGUUACUGAUUCAGUAACCCUGAAGAAUAAAAGUGAAUCAAGUCUUCUAACAAAAUUAGAAGAAACUAAAGAACAUCAAGAACCAAAGGUUCCAGAAAGUAACCAGAAACAAUGGCCAUCUAAGAGAAAGUCAGAAUGUGUAAACCAGAAUCCUGCUGCAUCUUCAAAUCAGUGGCAGAUUUCAGAGAUAAUCUCAAAAGUUGAUACAGAGCAGAAACAAACCAGUUUUGAGCAACCUGCCCUUUCGGUUUCAAAGCAGUCACCACCGAUAUCAACACCUAAAUGGAUUGACCCAAAAUCUAUCUGUAAGACACCCAGCAACAGUGUCUUGGAUGAUUAUAUGAGCUGUUUCAGGACUCCAGUUGUAAAGAACGACUUUCCACCUGCUUGUCAGUUGUCAACACCAUAUAGCCAACUUGCCUGUUUCCAGCAGCAACAGCAGCAAAUACCUGUUACUCCACUUCAAAAUUUGCAGAUUUCAGCAUCCUCUUCAGCAAAUGAAUGCAUUUCAGUUAAAGGAAAAAUGUAUUCCAUACUGAAGCAGCUAGGAAGUGGAGGUUCAAGUAAGGUAUUUCAGGUGUUGAAUGGAAAGAAACAGAUACAUGCUAUAAAGUAUGUGAACUUAGAAGAAGCAGAUAGCCAAACAAUUGAUAGUUACCGGAAUGAAAUUGCUUAUCUGAAUAAACUACAACAACACAGUGAUAAAAUCAUCCGACUUUAUGAUUAUGAAAUCGCAGAUCAGUACAUCUACAUGGUAAUGGAAUGUGGAAAUAUUGAUCUUAAUACUUGGCUUAAAAAGAAAAAAUCCAUCAAUCCAUGGGAACGCAAGAGUUACUGGAAAAAUAUGUUGGAGGCAGUUCACACGAUUCAUCAACAUGGUAUUGUUCACAGUGAUCUGAAACCUGCUAACUUUCUGAUAGUUGAUGGCAUGCUAAAGCUAAUUGAUUUUGGAAUUGCAAACCAAAUGCAACCAGAUACAACAAGUAUUGUUAAAGACUCUCAGGUUGGUACAGUUAAUUAUAUGCCACCAGAAGCAAUCAAAGAUAUGUCUUCCUCAAGAGAAAAUGGGAAAUCCAAAUCGAAGAUAAGCCCCAAAAGUGAUGUUUGGUCCUUAGGUUGCAUUUUGUACUAUAUGACUUACGGGAAAACACCGUUUCAGCAUAUCAUUAAUCAGAUUUCUAAAUUACAUGCCAUAAUUGACCCUAAUCAUGAAAUUGAAUUUCCUGAUAUUCCAGAGAAAGAUCUUCAAGAUGUGUUAAAGUGUUGUUUAAUAAGGGACCCUAAACAGAGGAUAUCCAUUCCUGAGCUUCUGGUACAUCCAUAUGUUCAGAUUCAAACUCAUCCAGGUGACCAGGUGGCUAAGGGGACCGCUGAAGAAAUGAAGUACGUCCUGGGCCAACUCGUUGGCCUGAAUUCUCCUAACUCCAUUUUGAAAGCUGCUAAAACUUUAUAUGAGCACUAUAGUGGUGGUGAAAGUCAUGAUUCCUGUUCAUCAUCCAAUACUUUGGAAAAAAAAUGGGGAAAAAAGUGAUUUGCAGCUACGCAUAAACUGUCAGGUAUCACCUGUAAAAUAUAUUGGACUGUUAUACUCUUGAUUUUCUGUGGAAAUCUACUCCUGAAGACAACUUCACUCUGAAAUGUCAUUGGCAGAAAAAUUAAGUGGAUUAUCCUCAAAAGAAAACUGUAAAAAACCACUAAUGACACUGUAUGUAUUCAAUUGUAGAAUUGUUUUCUCUUUUGUGCUUCCCUGUAAAUCUAAUCUAUUUGAUAUCAUUUUCACACUUGGAAUAGUGGGUGAAAAGUGGAAAUAUUUUCUGAAGAACUAUGUAAAUAGGCUUUGUAUAGUAUAAAAUGACACUAAAAUGUCAAAGUUGUAGAACUGUUUUCUUCAAGCAAAUAUAUUGUUGGUGAGGCAACAGAAUUCUUAAUAAAUAUGGAUUAAGGGAAAACAUGAGAGUAGACCUUAGUAAAUUAACUUUGGGGGAAAAAAAAUUCCAAAGUGUUUGAAUUCUAAAAUAGAUUUCCAGUUGCUUUAUGGCACUGAUAAUACUCCAGCAUUUUAGGGCUUUACUUGGCUCUUUUAAUUCUCCAUUUAAUUCUUCAUAAUAUCUGUUGUUUUGGGUGUUCAGAGUAUCAUGCUGGAUUCUAAGAUGUAGGCUGUAUAGGGCAUGACCUCAGUUGUACAACUUGCUUGGUAAUGAGUAAUUACAAAUGUGGUCCCAGAAUUUCUGAGUCUGAAUCAAACAGAUUACUUAAGGAUAUUACCAUAUAGUAUUCUAUUCCCCAAAUUUUUCUUUAGCUUUUAAAACAGUUUUAGAGUCACAGCAAAAUUGAGGGGAAGGUGCAGAGAUUUCCCAUUUAACCCCUGCCCCCCCACAUGGACAGCCUCCCCCAUUACCAACAUCCCCACCAGAGUGGUACUUUUGUUACAUUUAAUGAACCUACAUUGACGCACUGUAAUAAUCAACCGAAGUCUAUAGUAUACAUAUACCUAGUUCACUCUUGGUGGUGCAUGUUCUAGGGAUCUGGACAAAUGUGUAAUAACAUGUAUCCAUCAUUAUACUAUUGUAAGAAUAUUUUCACUGCCCGAAAAAUUCACUGUGCUCCACCUGUUCAUCCCUCCCCUACCCCCAACCCCUGGGAACCACUGAUCUUUUUACUGUUUCCAUAGUUUUGCCCUUUCUAGAAUGCCAUAUAGCUGGAAUUAUACAGUACGUAGCCUUUCAGAUUAGCUUCUUUCACUUAGCAAUGUGCACUUAGUAACGUGCACCUCCAUGUCUUUUCAUGGCUUGAGAGCUCAUUUCUUUUUAGUGCCUAGUAGUAUUCCAUUGUCUGGAUGUACCACAGUUUAUCCAUUCACCUCCUGGAGGACAUCUUGGUUGCUUCCAAAUUUUGGCAAUUAUGAAUAAAGCUGCUGUAAACAUCUGUGUGCAGGGCUUUGUGUGGUGUUCAGCUUCAGAGGAGCUGACUACCGAGGAGAAUGACUGAUAGAUUAUAUGGUAAGAGUAUGUCUAGUUUUGUAAGAAACUGCCAAACUGUCUUUCAUAGUGGCUGUACCAUUUUGCAUUCUCUCCAACAGUGAAUGAGAGUUCUUUUUGCUCCACAUCCUUGCCAGCAUUUGGUGUUGUCAGUGUUCCAGAUUUUGGUCACUCUAGUAGAUUUGUUGUGGUACCUCGUUGUUUUAAUUUGCAUUUCCCUGAUGACAGCUGAGUGUGAAGCAUCUUUUCAUAUACUUACGUGCCAUCCGUCUGAUAUCUUCUUUAGUGAGAUCUUUGCUUCUUUGUCAAAGAUCUGUUAACUAUAUUUAUGGGGGGGUCUAUUUCUGGGCUGUCCAUUCUGUUGCAUUGAUCAAUUUAGCUUUUCCUUCACCAAUACCACCCUGUCUUGAUUACUGUCACUUUACAGUAAGUCUUGAAGUCAGGUGGUGUCAAUCCUCCAACUUUGUUCUUCUCCUUCAGUAGUGUGUUGGCUGUUCUGGGGUUAUUUGCCAUUUCACAUAGAGUUUAGAAUCUGUUUGUCAAUAUGCCUAAGUAACUUGCUGGAAUUUUGAUGGGGAUUACACUGAAUCCCAAUUGUAGGUCAAAUUGGGAAGAACUGACGUCUUGACAAUAUUGAGUCUUCCUGUCCAAGAACAUGGGCUAUUUCUCCAUUUAUUUAGUUCUUCCUUGAUUUCAUUCUUCAGAGUUUUGUAGUUUUCCUCAUAUAGACCUUGUACAUACAUCGUUAGAUUUGCACAUGAGUAUUUCGUUUUGGGGGCUGCUAAUGUAAAUGAUAUUGUGUUUUUCAUUUCAAAUUCCACCACUUCUUUGCUGUUAUAUAGGAAAAUGAUUGACAUUUAUAUAUUAACCUUGUAUCCUCCAGUGUUGCUAUAGUUGCUUGUUUGUUCCAGGAGUGUUUUUAUGGAUUCUUUUGGAUUUUCUACAUACAUGAUAAUGUCAUCUGCAAACAGGACAGUUUUAUUUCUUCCUUCCCAAUCUGUAUACCUUUUAUUUCUUCUUAUUGCAGUAGGUAGUACUUCCAGUAUGAUGUUGGAAGGAGUGAUGAGGGGACUUCUUUGCCUUGUUUUUGGUCUUAGUGGGAAAACUUCAAGUUUCUAUGAAGUAUGAUGUUUGCUGUAUGUUUUUUAUAGAUAUUCUUUAUCAAAUUAAGAAAGUUCUCUGUUUCUAGCUUGCUGAAAGUUUUUAUCGUGAAUGGGUGUUGGAUUUUGUCAAAUGCUUUUUCUGCAUCGAUCAAUAAUGGUCAUGCGAUUUUUCUUUUUUUAGCCCGUUGAUGUGAUGGAUUAUUGUGUGUUAUUAUAACUGACACCAUCUUGGGCCCUUCUAAUUUCUUCUGUCCUUCUGCUGACCCUGCACAGGAUUGUACUCUGUCUUGUUUCCAAGCACCUACCCCCCAUACCUUAAGUUAACUAUAAAAUUGUCCCAGUGGCCCCUCGGCGUGCCGAGUGCAGCUGUGAAUGCUUCCAGGUCAUUAUCUGCCCAAUCCCAAUCCCACCCUAUGAUUAAACUACCAUAAAAUAAACGGAUCCACUGAUUAAAUGGAUCAGUUUGUCCGUCUCAUGAUGCCUUUCCAGUUCAGUAGGCACUUUUCAUUUCUUCCGUCCUCUAGCAAUUACAUUAAUUGAUUUUUGAAUGUUGAACCAGUCUUGCAUAUCUGGGAUAAAUCCCGCUUGGUUGUGGCUUAUCAUUUUUUUAUACAUUCUCUCCUAAAAUUACCCCUUGAAAGUGACACCCUUUACUUCCACUCACAAUUCAUUGGCUAAAGAAUUUACAUGGUUAAAUGUAAUAACCAUGUGUUCCAAAAAAAAAAAAAAAAAAAGAGCUAGAAAUAUAUGAUGAACAGCACCAAUUAAAAUUUAUCAGAAGAGAUAGCAAUACUCUUUUUUAUUUUGCUUCAAUCAAGGGUUCCUACCCUGUAGUUCAGGGCCUCCCAGGACUACUGGGUGUUGAGUAGCACAAAGAGAAUAGGAGUAUUCUAUUUUUUUACAUCACUUUGGAGGGGUUUUAUUUUAUGCUACCUUCCUGAAGUAGUUACAGACAACUUUGGGACGCUCUCCAUGAUUCUUCUCCUUUCUCUUCCUUCUUUUCUUUCUUCCUUCCUUCCUCUCUCCUCUACUUCUCCACUUUUACCUUUGAAGAAAGUGUAUUGUACCGAAGAGGAAAAUGUAUUAGUAAUUACACUACUUAGUUGCUUCAUAGUUAAAGUGAGAAAUAACCUUUAUUGGGUUACAAUGUUCGUAGAGCUAUAGUAAUGUAAAAAUUAUGUAUAGGAUAUGUAUAAUAUAUACAUAAUUUGUAUGCUUUGUUAUUAGAAAUAUACUAAAUUAGUGCAUUUGAGAGAAUAAGGUCAGAACGGCCCCUAUAGGCACAGAUAAGGGUAAGGAGGGGAUGAUUGUGGAUGGUUGUUCACAUUCUGGCUACAACUUUACUAGGGAAGUAAGGCAGCAACACAGUUGGCACUCAAGCAAGUGAAGCACAGGGCCCAGCCCAAACUCUGUUACAAAGUCUCCUUGGCACUCAGUCAAGUGAAGCAGAGGGCCCAGCCCAAACUCUGUUACAAAGUCUCCACUUAGUUUAAGGAUACUAUGUAUUAUGUCCUUAUAGGAUAUCUAAUAUGUAGGAGGUAUAAUAUGCUUUUUUCAAAGCAUAUGCCAAUGAAGAAAAAUGAUAACCAGACACGGAGCAGUGGUGGGCUUGCUAACUCUAGCCGGGAGAAAAGUCUAGCGGAGUCUGUGGUGAUGGUGGGCUAGCUAACUCUAGCCGGGAGAAAAGUCUAGCGGAGUCUGUGGUGAUGGUGGGGUUGGGUCGGGGGGUAUUGAAAGCAGGGCAAGGAGUGAGAUUCUUUGGAGAAGGGUUAGGAGCCAUAUCUGGGGAGACUCUAGCAUGCUGCCUCUCUUCUCUUUCGGGGGACCAAUCGUCCCAAAUAGACCUGGUACGUUGCCUCCUCCAGCUCAUUUCUUUUGAUAAAUGGAAAGCAAUCAUAGAUGGAGGCUUUUCCUUGUGAAUCUGUCAUUUAGUGUGUUGGGUUUUUUUUCUUCUACUUUUUAUUUUAUAGUGGAGUAGAGUUGAUUUACAGUGCUGUGUUAGGUUCAGGUGUACAGCACAGUGAUUCAGUUAUACAUAUACAUGCAUCUAUUCUUUUUCAGAUUCCUUUCCCAUAUAGGUUAUUAUAGAAUAUUGAGUAGAGUUCCCUGUGCUCUACAGUAGGUCCUUGUUGAUUAUCUAUUUUAUUCAUUUAGCGUGUUUUUUAAUGUUAUUAUAAAAGGAAAAAGGUCUCCUCUUUUUUUUUUUGGCCAUACCACACAGUUUGUGGGAUCUUAGUUCCUCGACCAGGGAUUGAACCCAGGCCCUCAGCACUGAGGGUGCAGAGUCCUAACCACUGGACCGCCAGGGAAUUCCUUUUUUUUUUUCCUUGAAAAUAGUCUCAUCUUAAUCUAGUUGAGAAGUAAAGUAGAAAGAAGCAUAAGUUAUGCCUAAUCCCACCACCCUGAGUUAGUUACUGAUAACAUUUGGCAUAUUUGCACAAUUGAGAUAAUAUAUUAAUAACUUUAUACUCCUGUUUUUUCACCUACCUUUCUCAUAAGCAUUUUCCUAAGUCAUUUAAACCUUUCAUAAAUAUAAUUUUGAUUCCUAGGAAACAUCCUAUCACGUGAAUAUACAAACAUAUUUCCUUACUUUUUAUUUUGUGUAAAAUAAUUCAGAAUAAACCUCAACAAAGCUGUUUUGUUUUUAAAGAAUGGAAGUUAAUGUUUGUCCGAAAACAUAACUAAUCAUAUAAAUCCACAAAUAAAUAAACAUCGUGACACCUUCUUUGUUCAAAUGUCAUUUUGCUAAUGAGACCCUCCUUAAGUAGCAAAUAUAAAAUCAUAAUCUCCCUGCUCCCUGUACUCCAUAAUCCCCUUCCUUUCUUUAUUACUUAUAAUAGUAUUUAUCCUUCUGACAUUUCUCUAUAAUUGAUUUUUUACUGUUCAUCUCCCUCCAUUGUAACACCAGUCCCAGAAUGCAAACCUUUUUAUUGGUUUUGUUCACUCCUGUAUCCCCAGUGCUGAACACAGUGUCUGGCCUGUAGUUGCCCCUUGAUAACAUCCUGGUUGGAAAGAUGAAUAAAAAGCUUUUCUUCCUGGAGAGGGAGAAUUGUAAGACAUUUCUUAUGGAGGAUAUGCAAUAGGAGCCGUUUUAGCAAACCGUGGCUAGCGCAGCAGACCGCUGUAAUAACCCCUAGAGUGCUGGACAAGGUGAGAAUUUCCUUGAUGGCGAUCACCUACUCAACGUGACCUGGUUUGCGACACUGGCAUUUGAGGAAAAAAGGAUGUUCGCAGGGGCAGACCCUUCUUCCAGUUGUGCCCUUGGCUGACAGGAUUGCACACAGAAUCAGGGUCUGCCUUUCCACAGAGGCGUUGCAGGACAUGGUCCCAGAGGCAGUGUUUCUGUGUUCCAAUAAACGAAGUAAACUGAAGUCUCUGCCCCUGGGUGCUUAUUUCUGUGUUUCUCCUCUUCCUAAGAUACGAAGGGAAUUUAUUUAUUUUUUUUGCUGUAGCCCAGAUGUCCUGGCAUUGACUUUCUAGUCCGCGCUGACGCCCCAGGAGAGCAAACGCUUGGAAGUUUGACAGGAACAAGGGGCAAGCAGUGAGCCUGUGUGAGCCCACAGCUCUGGGAAGCAGGCGAGGGCGGGGGCGCUCCUUCC